GAAAAAGUACCUAACUUAACGAACCACCCACACGCAGCAUAGCCAAUAGCAAGAAUCGUUCGUUGGCUUUUGGCUAUUUCCCCUCUUUCUCUCACUCUAACAACUGGUGCACAAUAGCAUCCCUCCCCUUUCCACGCUAUUGUGCACUGCCUUCGAUCCCCCGUCGCCUCCGCCGCCGCAGCAAUGGGGAAGAAGGUGUCGCCGCAGCCGCCGUAUGACGACAUCGAGUCGAUGUCGUUCGAGGUCCGGAAGCCCCUGUCGAUGCCGCCUCCGCCGAGAUAUUACCCGCCGCCGCCCAAGCCCUGGUUCCCCUGGCUGAUGCCCCUCACAUUUAUCGCCAACAUCGCCAUGUUCGCCUUCACCAUGUACCAGAACAAUUGCCCCGCCGUCACCGGCCCCCGCCGCUGCCUCUUUUACCCCGAACUCGGCCGCUUCUCUUUCCAGCCCUUCCAAGAGAACCCCCUCCUCGGCCCUUCCAUUAAUAUAUUGAAACGAUAUGGAGCACUGGACAGAGAGUCAGUAGUGGAGCAUGGCGAAGGGUGGCGCCUGAUUUCCUGUAUCUGGCUUCAUGCUGGAGUUGUUCAUUUACUUGCCAAUAUGCUCAGCCUUCUCUUUGUAGGAAUUCGACUCGAACAAGAAUUUGGAUUUUUGCGAAUAGGCUUUUUGUAUCUGCUGUCUGGAUUUGGUGGGAGUUUACUGUCAUCUCUGAAUAUCAAUCCAGUAGAAAAUCCAACCAUAUCAGUUGGUGCUUCUGGUGCACUUUUUGGGCUUUUGGGAGCAAUGCUUUCUGAGCUUAUCACAAACUGGACAAUAUAUUCAAAUAAGUGUGCAGCCAUGAUGUCUUUGAUUCUGGUCAUUGCCUUAAACUUGGCAGUCGGGUUUGUGCCUCACGUUGACAACUCCGCGCACAUCGGAGGCUUYGUCUCGGGCUUUCUCCUUGGCUUUGUCCUCCUAAUGCGACCGCAGUUCGGAUACGUUAACCGCAAGUACAUCCCUGCAGGGUCCGACGUGAAACGAACAGCCAAGCACCAAUGUUACCAGUACUUCUUAUUGGUUUUAGCUCUAGGCCUCUUGAUUUUCGGAUAUGCUUCUGGUUUAAGGAGGCUAUACAGUAACAAAACUGCUCCACGAGUAUUUGAAAGUAAUAUUUUCUGAAGGCUACCAUUGGAUUGAAGCAAAAUACUUUGACUUGAUAAAUUGCUUCUCUGGUGCAAGUUGAUGAGGGGAAUGGAGAGAACUUUGUUCUUUUUAAUUUUUUUUCUUUUCUUUUCUUUUCUUUUUUUUUUUCUUUUUAAAGUGUAUACGAUUAAAACCAUUUUAAUGUGAAGUUAAUUUCUUCUCACUCGAAGUAGUAGAAUAAUUGUAUGUAGGAAAGUAUUACCACUUCUUUGUUUACAAG